AUGACCGCAUAUGCGAACACAAACACAUUCUACAUUUCAAUCUGGUUUUGGCUCAUUUUAGGUGUUGUAAGCUACAGCGGUUGGUCAAAACAUGUAUUAACUGUUCAGACUGGAGGAUCUGUCACCAUCCCAUGUCAUUAUGACAAGAAAUACACACAGCAGAAGAAAUACUGGUUCUCAGAGAUUGAUAAAUCUAAAACAUACACAAAUAAAACAGAGGAGAAUCUGUCAGUAAUUGAUCAUCCUGAUCAGAGUCUCUUUACUGUGACUAUGAGAAACCUGCAGAACAAACACAAUGGACAUUAUUAUUGUGUUGUGGAGACCGGAGAACAACCACCGAUAAAUAUAAUAUAUGAGACGCAGCUCAAGAUUCAAUCUGCUCCUGAUGUGUCUUUGGUGAGCAGCAGUGUAUCUGGACAUGAAGGUGGUAAUUUCAGUGUUCAGUGUCUCUACAGUUCUGAAUAUCAGAUUAAACUCAGACAGUGGUGCAGAUAUAAAGAUCAGAGCUGUUACACAGUGGGGAGGACUGACACAUCCCAGAAUUCAUCAGUCCAGAUCAGUGAUGAUGAUGGGGGAAGAUCCUUCACUGUGCUGAUGACUGGACUGAGACUGACUGAUUCUGGCUGGUACUUCUGCUCUGCUGGAGAGGCACUGAAUCCUGUUUAUCUCACUGUAACUGAGGCAGAACCAGGCACUGUCAGUGACAAAGUUAAUGAACUCCUGACUGUGUGGCUUCCAGCUUUAGCAGCACUUCUGCUGUUAUUGAUUCUGGUCGGUGUUUUCACCUGGAGAUUGAGACGGAGACCCAAACAAAAUAAACAUCAAAUCAGACGGAGAAACGGCAGCAGAACCACUGACAUGAUCUACUCUAAACCUGAAGAUCCUGUGAUAUACAGCACUAUAAAUGAUGAAAUCCCACAUGAUCCCAACAAGGACAUAACCUACAGUACUAUUGAUAAUCUUCCUGGGAGUGAAGCGAUGAAGUCUUCAGCAGGUGGAGUAAUAUACAGCAUAAUAUACAGCACCGUGGGUCCACACUGACCGCAACAGUGAGAACAACACAAGAACACAGACCAAGAGAAACAAAAUCAACAGGACUGUCAUCACACCCUUUUUUAUUUUCUUAAGUUUGUUUUAAUUAAUUUGCUCAUGGAGUGUGAACCUAAUAUUUUAUAUUAAAACACCUAAUAUUAUAUUUUCAAAAGGACCUAUAUGAACAGAUGUGAGGGUCAAGACUAUUGAAAUGUUAAAAAAUAAUUGUAAAUGAAUGCACAGUUCAU